GUUUGCCAUGCUGAAAAUUGAGAAUCAGCUGUUGUUGCUUGGUGGGAAUUGUUUUUAAUUCAGUUUACAUAUGAGAUUGGAUUUGGCAAUUUGGAUAGAAAAAAAAUAUUAGCACAUGAAGUUGUUGGAUAUUAUCUGAUUUUGCGUACUCGAAGUUAGACAUGGAUAGCCAGAAGCGUGUGUUGCCUUCCUGGAUGAUGAAGAAGGUUGGCAGUGCUGAAGUAAGAAAUGAUCUGACGCCAGAGGACAGGAAACCUUUACUUACGUUUUCAGGCAGAAUUGAUUACUGCUCUGUGAUGGCGACUUGUGGAGAAGCAUGUGGAAUGAUUCUCAAUAACAUUGGAGAUGCUGGAUUGGUGCUGGGCUUUGACAUGGAAUGGCCAGUCAGUUACCAGUCUGGUUCCGGGAGAGCAGCUCUUAUUCAGUUGUGCCCCGGGGAUGAUGUUUGUCAUCUGUUUCAUGUGUCUUGCAUGAAAAAUCUUCCAAAAGCAUUUGUGAUUCUUCUAGAACACCCUCUUGUGACAUUUGUUGGAGCUAACAUUAAGAAUGACUUAUGGAAGUUGAGUCGGGAUUUUGGAGUCUGCGUGGAACCACUCUUGAAUAAAACAGUUGAUCUUGGAGAAUAUGCCAACCAGGUUCUGAACUGCAGACAGACUUGGAGUUUGGAUGGAUUAGUUCUUAAUUUGCUGAAGAGAACGUUGUUGAAAAGUGAUAGAGUGCGCAAGAGUGAUUGGAGUGCGGUGACCCUCUCAGAGGCUCAGAAAUCUUAUGCUGCAACUGAUGCCUAUGCUUCAUUAUUAGUCUACAGGAAGCUGAAAGAAUUGGCCAGGUCAAGUGAAGACAAGCCUUGCUCGUAGCCUUCACAGAAGUGCAGUGCGUGUUCUGAGAGUCACACUUGCUACUGACAUCAUGGUGAGGCUGGUGAGAGUGCUGCAAGUGGGCCGGCUGUGCUACGGAAGUGCUCUGGAGCUGCAGAGGGCGCUGGCAAAGGAACACCUCGGUGCCAUGAACAGUGGUGCGUGGGAGGAAGCCGCGGACACGCUGUUGCUAUUGGAACACGAGCCGGUGUACACGGUCGGGAUCAGGAGCGCAGAGUACCCGGAGGAGGUGGCCAGCAAGCUGACGCACACCGGCGCAGAGUUCUGCCGCACCGACCGUGGUGGCCUCAUCACGUUCCAUGGGCCGGGCCAGCUGGUGGCAUACCCCGUCCUCAACCUGAAGAGGUUCCAGCGGAACGUGCGGUGGUACGUGGCACAGCUGGAGGAGGUGGCCAUCAGGACGUGUGCGCGCCUGGGCGUGACUGCGGGGCGCUGCGAGCACACAGGCGUGUGGGUCGGGGACAGCAAGAUCUGCGCUCUGGGUGUGCACGCCAGCCGCUUCAUCACCACGCACGGCCUGGCCCUCAACUGCAACGUGGACCUGGCGUGGUUCUCUCACAUCGUGCCGUGCGGCAUCCCUGGCAAGGGGGUGACAUCGCUGUCGCGCGAGCUGGCCCGGGACGUACCGGUCGAGGAGGUGGUUCCUGUGUUCCUAGACAGCUUCAGCCGGCUGUUCCAGUGUGAGCUGUACGACUGUCCUCGGGACAGAGCCGAGGAGCUGCUGGCGGGCAUCGCUGGGGAGCACUGACUACAUACGGGUUAACUUAUUGUCAUAGAGCAGCUUUGUGCAAUUACGAUUAAGCAUUAACUAAAUACCAUUUGUUUGAUGAGUCACAUUUUCGUAGAUUAAACUAUAAAUGAGUUACAGAAA